AUGGAUUCCGUUUGAACCCAACAGUGAGUUUUGUUGUUAAAAAAAGGAUAAAAGAGAGGGAAGUGGAAGUGUAUAUUUUUUUUUUAUAAAGGGUUUGCAAAAGGGUUGGCUUUUUUAGUAUACGCCACUUGUGUUUUAAUAAAAGGGAAGGGAGCGUCAAGGAUUGGGAAACUCGGAGCUUUGAGUGAAAUAAAAAAUAUGCAGGAAACAAGGAAGAAGAAGAAUGGUGGAGCGGGUGGCAAUGAAGAUUCCAAGAAGAAGGAGCGUCAUAUUGUGACGUGGACUCAAGAGGAAGAUGAUAUACUUCGUGAACAAAUCAGUUUACAUGGAACUCAAAACUGGGCGAUCAUUGCCUCUAAAUUCAAGGACAAAACCACGAGGCAGUGCAGAAGAAGAUGGUACACAUACUUGAAUUCUGAUUUCAAGAAAGGAGGAUGGUCACCAGAGGAAGAUGUGCUUUUAUGUGAGGUAAUCAAUAAGUUUAUGCCCUCCAUUUUCCUUCAAUUGUAUCAGGCUAAGUUGGACUUAGUUUCAGUUGGGAAAAGCUCAAAAAUAUUUGGCAAUAGAUGGACAGAAAUAGCAAAGGUGGUUUCAGGCAGAACCGAUAACGCCGUUAAGAAUCGAUUCUCCACACUGUGCAAGAAGAGAGCCAAAUAUGAAGCCUUAGCCAAAGAGAACAGUAAUUCAUGUAUGAAUCCAAAUAACAAAAGAACUUUACUCGAAAUCGGGUUCAAUACAGAUGGAACAACUGAUUGUACUGCUCCUGUUAAGAGAAUGAGGAGAUCUCACAUUCCCAAUCUCGGUGAAAGUUGCAACUUUGGAGAUAGAGCACAUAGGGUAUCUGGGACAAUAAUCAACCAGCAGCUAAGACAUCCAUUUGCUGUAUUGGGUCAAAAUAUCCACAAUGCUAAUAACUUGGUGGUGCAAUCACAAGUCAACAAGGUCAAUGUGGUCUCUAAUGAUGCUCAGAAUUAUAGAAUUCAAGGAACAUAUCUCAAAAAGGAUGAUCCUAAGAUAACUGCUUUGAUGCAGCAAGCAGAGCUGCUCAGCUCACUCGCAUUGAAGGUUAAUAUAGACAAUACAGACCAAAGUCUGGAAAAUGCUUGGAAGGUCCUCCAAGAUUUUUUGAAUCAGAGUAAAGAAAAUGACACCUUGAGAUAUACAAUCUCUGAUAUCGAUUUUCAAAUCGAAGAUUUCAAAGACUUGCUAGAGGACUUAAGGAGUAGUAAUGAGGGAAGUCAAACAUCUUGGAGGUAA